UCUCACGAUUGGGACGCUAGCACGGUAGCGGAUCUGAACCAUGUUUCGCGCUCAAAUUUUGUCGGGUGCUGGAAGAGUCCUUGUCAGCCCUGCCGGAUGCCCAUCUCUGCUACCUCCAGACAACUAUCCACCCAAAACCAAGGCAAGCCUCUUGGUAAUGCUCCGCUGUAUCUCUCGCUUGCUGGUUUGGCUGGACUCUCUUACUACGUCUACGGCGAGUCCAAACAGAAAUCACCUUCUCAGAAGGAUACACCCCAACUUGUUGGAGCACUAAGCAAAGACGAAUUCGUGGAUUUUUCGUUGAAGCGGAUCGAGCCUUAUAAUCACAAUACGGCUAAAUUCACCUUUGCAUUGCCCGAGAAUUCGGCAUCGCUGUUGCCCGUCGCAGCUUGCAUCCUUGUGAACGCCAAAGAAGCUGGCCCCAAAGAUGACAAAGGGAAUCCCAUCAUAAGCGUAUUGACGCAUUUUCAGUUGACUCCUUUUAUCUUCCGCAUGAAGCCUGGAGACAAGCUCGGGUUUAAGGGUCCGAUUCCCAAGAUCCCAUACGAAGCCAACAAAUGGGAUGAGGUCGCCAUGAUUUCGGGCGGCUCUGGAAUAACGCCGAUGUAUCAGAUCUUGAAUCAUGCCUUACACCUCAAGGAUGAUAAGACAAAGUUUACCCUGAUUUUCGCCAACGUAUCCCCUGCGGACAUUCUUCUUCGUGAGGAUCUUGACUCCUUCAAGAAGCAGCACCCAGACAGGUUCAACGUUGUCUAUGUUGUGGACAAGGCGGAGGGAAACUGGACCG